AUGUACCAAAUAUCUCAACUGAUGUCAACACCAGUAGCAAAUUCUUCCCAGUCGGAGAAAGAAUGUGCUGUAGAGCCGUCUCCCCCACGUAUUCUCCCAAGCUCUGUCUGUGAUUUCCUCAAUGGUGACAGUCCCUUUGAGGGUCGCUCUGGAGAUCCCCUGAUGGGCUCCCCGUUCACCUGUCGACGAAGUCCCAGACUUCUCACCAACGGCUACUACAUCUGGACAGAAGACAGUUUUCUCUGCGACGAAGACGGCAACAUAACCCUGAGCCCCUCCCAGACCAGGGUUCUCUACAAGGAGAACUUAGUCAGAAUAUUUAGAAAGAAAAGGAGAAUCCGCCGUUCUUUUUCUUCCCUCUUUGACCUCAGUGCCUCUGAAUCCUGGCUGCAUGGGAGCAUCUUUGAUGAUGUUGACUCCUCCCCCAGUGAGGAUGUCUGGUUGGAGGGGGUCAGGAGGCUGGAAACAAACCACUGCAAAGAAAAUGGAGGUGAUUUUGACUCUUCUCUGACUGAUGACUGGGAGUCACAGAAGCUGAAUGCAGAGUCUGUGAAAGCCUCCUUUUCCGGCCCCGUUGCCUCUCAGAGACCCAGAGAAAACUCCUACGGCUUGUCUCCUCAGUCCCAGUGGACAGCUUCUGAACGUUUCCAGGAAGAUGCAUUGGAUCAUCCAAAAACCAGUUUGUUACGAGAGGUCUCCUUUCAAGCAAUUCUGCUUGCCACAUGCUUAAUCAUUUCUGCCUGUGCAAGGUGGUUUCUGGGAGGAAUCAUAGCCAGUGUCUUCUCCUGUUCCUUGGUGAUAAUCAUUGCUUGUUUGCCAAAAUCUGACAACGAUUCAUGA